UGACGUUGGGGUCCGGGGCUGAGCUGAGCGGCCGCCCUGCCGGGCCGCGGCCGAGGGGAGAGCGGCCCGGGGCCAGCCCAGACCCGCCGGACAUCCCCGGACGGACCCUACUGGACACCACCGGGCCGCCCUCCGCCCCGGGAGACCCAGGUAGUGGUGGUGAGGAGCAGUGAUCUCCUGGUGCCCCAGACAUGCACCUCCCCUCGUGACCCAUCGCCCCGUCUCCUCACCCCGAGACUGAGGCGCCAACCUUUCCAGAAAGCACUUCUGAGCAAGGGGCCCGACCGCAGGGGAUUGACAGACGGGUGAGCAAGGCAAGAAGAGAGCCGGCAGGUUCCGGCCCUUCCAGAGGCUGUUCGGCAAGAGGGAGAAGAAGGAGAGCCCCCAGGCCCGGGGAGCGUCCGCCCCGAGGAAGAGACGCUCCUUCAGGAGACGCUGCGAUGGCGUCGUCUCGUCGGACGAGGAGACCCUCCAAGACCACCUGAGGUCCUGCGGCUCUGCUAUGGGAGGCCGGGCCUUCUCCCACGACAGCAUUUUCCUCCCCGAGGGACCAGCCGAGAGCCAAGCGGGAACUCUCCAGCAGCAGCCGGGGCAGGACCUGGUGCCCGGGCAGUGCCCGCCGUCGACCACCACAGGGGCCGGAGGAGAACCGGGAGGGCUUCGGGGCAGCCUCGAGGAGACAGAGGCCGGGCCGACCCUCGGGCUCCCGGACCGCGACGAUCGAGAGGGUGCUCCUGGCUCCCCAGCUUUGGGCGAAGAGAGCAGCUUCCCAGGCAGAGCGGAGGCCGCGGGGGAGUGGGAGCCGGACCUGAGAUCGCUCCCCGAGACCUGCUCCUGGGACGCCAGCCGGAGCCUGCUCUUUCUCUCCUCCGGGGUCUGGUCCCGUGACGUUCCUGACCCCCCAACCCCAGCACCAGGCCCCGCCAGCACCAUGGAAGACAAGGUUCCUCCAGUCCGGCCAUCUCGGCCCAAAAGGCACUUCUCCACAGCGGGCACCAUCGAGAGCGUCAACCUGGACGCCAUCCCGCUGGCCCUCACCCACCUGGACAACAGUGCCGCCAAGCACAGGCUGUCCGUCAAGCCGCGGAACCAGCGCGUGUCCAAGAAGCACCACAGGCUCGGGCGGGACCCACAGAGCCAACGGGGAAGCCUGGAAACGCAGCUGGAAACACAGAACGGACACUGCGCCGGGGAGAUGCCCACCUGGUCCGGGGAGGUCCGGGAAAGGCAGGGAGAAGAGCACGGGAAGCGUAGCCAGGCUGAAGGUCGGGGACACGAGGCGGAGGCGGCUGAAAAGAAACGUCUGGAAGAGCAAAGCCUCUGGAGACUGGACAGCCAGAGCGAGGAGAUGGAGGAGGAAGAGCAGCAAGAGACGAGCAGGAGGAGCCUCUUGGGGGACAAGAGAAAACAGUCUCUCCCGGAAGGGGGCCGAGGGGAGGAAAUGGAGGAGCAGUGGUCAGAGCUGGAGGUGAAGGAGUGUCAGGAAGGAGAGAGACAGAAAUUGGAAGGGCAGACACACCGGGAAGAGGAGGGACAGCGACUGGAGGAAGAGAGACGGAGACUGGAGGAAGAAGAGAGGCGGAAGCUGGAGGAAGAAGAGAGACAGAGGCGUCGGGAUGAGGAGAGGCAGAGGCUGGAGGAAGAAGAGAGGCAGAAGCUGGAGGAAGAAGAGAGACAGAGGCGUCGGGAUGAGGAGAGGCAGAGGCUGGAGGAAGAAGAGAGGCGGAGGCGUCGGGAUGAGGAGAGGCAGAGGCUGGAGGAAGAAGAGAGACGGAGGCGUCGGGAUGAGGAGAGACAGAGGCUGGAGGAAGAAGAGAGACGGAGGCGUCGGGAUGAGGAGAGACAGAGGCUGGAGGAAGAAGAGAGACGGAGGCGUCGGGAUGAGGAGAGGCAGAGGCUGGAGGAAGAAGAGAGACGGAGGCGUCGGGAUGAGGAGAGGCAGAGGCUGGAGGAAGAAGAGAGACGGAGGCGUCGGGAUGAGGAGAGGCAGAGGCUGGAGGAAGAAGAGAGACGGAGGCGUCGGGAUGAGGAGAGACAGAGGCUGGAGGAGGAGAGACAGAGACAGGAGGAACAGAGAUGCCAGGAAGAAGAGAGACGGAAACUGGAGGAAGAAGAGAGACGGAGGCUGGAGGAGGAGCAACGCCAAGAAUUAGCUUCCUUGGAGCUGGAAGGGCAGCAGCUUCCUGCAGAGGUGGCCAAGCCUCUACGGGAGCUGAAGAGACAGGAGACCCCCGCCGAGACCCCCAAAAGGCCCGAGGCAGAGAAGCAGGAGGAGGAAGAGGGAGGAGCGGAGUGGAGGCUAGAGGGGCGUCGGCGACCCCUGGACGGUGAAGAUGGAAAACGCUUGGGGACCAAAGGGAAUCCACCUCAGGAAGGCCCAGGGAAGAAGAGGCAAGGAGGAGAUGCCGCUGGUGGCCAAAACCUCAGAGGACAGGCCAAACUGGAGCCGCCGGGCGACGGGGAGAGCGAGCGGGACCCCGGGAGCCGGGGAGGACGAGGAGGAGACGUAGGCCGGCCCGGAGAGUCGGCCCCGCCUCAGCCGAAAGGGGCAGGGGCCCAGGAGCGGGACCACGGCGGAGAAGAGGAGGAGCUGAGGUGGCGGGAAGUGGACGAGAGGCAGAGCACGCCCCGACCGUACACCUUCCAAGUGUCGUCGGGAGGGAGGCAGAUCCUCUUUCCUAAGGUCAACCUGAGCCCCGUGGCCCCGCCGCCGCCGCCUCCCUCCGGCCACGAGCCCCCCGGCGCCCACCCGCUGCCGGCCUCGCUGGGCAUCCCGCACACGGCCAUCCUGGUCACCGGCACCCAGCUCUGCGGACCGGCCGUCGACCUGAGCCAGAUCAAGGACAGCGCCUGCCGGUCGCUGCUGGGGCGGUCGGAAGAGAGGAGGUCCGCCUCCCGGGAAGCCCCCGCCCGGCGGGCGGGCGACGGGAAGGCCCGCGAUGGCCCAGAGUCGGCCCGGAACGAGGCCGCGCUGGCCGAGUGGGCGUCCAUCCGGUCCAAGAUCCUGAAGAACGCCAACUGGGCCGGCUGGUCGCCGGCCGUCUGGGGCGGACCCCGGGGGAGCAUCAACAAGACCCAGCCGGUCGCCCCCAAGUUCUCCAUCACGCCCGCCUGGCAGAAGUUCCCAGACCCGGCCAGGCCCGGCGGGGGCGCGGACGACACCGGACGGGAGGCCCGGGUCGAGGGGUCCGGACCCAAGCCGGGCCCGGCGGACGGACCGGCCCGGCCGCCCGGAGGCCCGGCCGGCGACGCCGACGGCUGUAAGUUUGCCAAAGACCUCCCGUCGUUCCUGGUCCCCGGCCUCCCCCCGUCUCCGCCCCGCGGGCCGCCCCCGGACGGGACCGGGGAGGCCGAGGCGCCCCCGCCGGGCGCGGACGACGGCCUCCCCCCUUUCGGCAUCAAGCUGAGGCGCACCAACUACUCGCUCCGCUUCCAAUACGAUCAGCAGGCGGAACAGAAGAAGAAGAAGCGGCUGAGCGGCAGCGGCCCCGGGGCCGGCUCCGGCGGGACCCCGACUCCCCCGGUGCCCGCGGACGGAGAGACGGACGCGGAGGCGGCCCCGGCCGCCGCGGGGCCACGGAAGGACCCGUCGGGCCGCCUCCCCGCCCCCGUGGGGCUCAGGUGGCCUCCGCCCCAGAGGCCGGCCCUGGCCCCCAAACCCGCCCACCGGACCCCGCCGCCGUCCCCCCUGUCCAGAGGGAGCGGGGCGUUCUGGGCCGGGCCGCCGGCUCCGAGGGCGGCACGCCCCGGAGCGGAGUCUGAGGACCGGGGCCCACGGUCCCCUCGCGACCGGCCCGGGGCCGGAGAGGAAGGAGCGACGGGGAAAGCCUCGCUCCUCGGGCCAGAGACCAUCAAGAAAGAGAAGCCGGGGCUUCAGACUCGCCACUCUCUGGACGCCUCCGGACGGACGGACGAGGGCCACGCGGCCCUGCCGACGUGGAUCAACGUGGCGCUCGAAAAGCAGAGGGGAUUCCGGGAGCAGCAGGCCUCCCGGGAGGAGCGGAGGAAGCAAGUUCGGGAGGCCAAACAGCCCGGCAGGCGGCCCGGCCAGCAGGCCGGAGCCCGCGAGGAGCCCGAGGGCGGCAGCGCCGGCGGUUCCCAGGACCGAGCCACAGCUCCGGAGAAGAGGAAAGCGGACGAGACGGUGGUGACCGGGCUCCAACGCCGUGAGCUGCUGCAGAAGUCCAACACGCUUCCCACCUCUCUGACAGUGGAGAUCUCGGACUCCGUUCCGCCGGCCCCGCUGCUCAAAGAGGUCGCCAAGAGGUUCUCCACCCCGGACGCGGCGCCCGUGGCGACCGAACCAGCCUGGCUGGCCCUGGCCAAGAGGAAGGCCAAGGCCUGGAGCGACUGUCCCCAGAUCAUUAAGUAGAACCACCUCCCGACGCCUG